GCGGCGGCGGCCAUUUUGUGAAGAGUCCAUUAUUUAAAAGAGAAGAGCGUGCGCGGCGGCUCCCCCUCUCUGGGCCGGGUGUGAGUGCGGGCCAAGCCAGCGGUGAGACUUCACUCAUUUACCAGGGCCUGCCGAGGACACCUCAGUGUGUACUGUUUUAUGUGAUACGUACACACGCGGACGCACGAAAGCAGCCCGGGUUGGUUUGUGGAGAAGCGGGAGGUGGUGGCGUGCGCGGGCGGGGCUCCUUGACUCGGCCCUGACCUUUUUUUUUAAAAAAAUAUAAAAACCUUUCCGCCCUCUCCCUUUGAUCCGGGCGGCGCAGCGGGUUACCGGGUUUUUUUUUAAAAACUUCCCCCCCACCCCCGCCGCCACCACACCCGCCGUUCUCACGCACCCCGUGUCUCGGAGCGAUGUCGGAGGCCGUGCAGUUCUCCGAGGCGGAGGCCCAGGCUGCCGGCCAAGGCCUGCAGGACAUGGCGGCGGCCGCCGCCGAGGCUGGGGCGGCGACGGCGGCGGGCAUGAGCGAUCCGGCGAUGGAGGCCAAGGCGAGCGACGGCGGGGAUGGAUCGGGCGCGAUCGCCGAGACCGAAGGGGCCAAGAUCGACGCCAGUAAAACGGAAGAGGACGAAGGAAAAAUGUUUGUGGGUGGCCUCAGCUGGGAUACCACAAAGAAAGAUCUGAAGGACUAUUUCUCUAAAUUUGGAGAGGUGGUAGAUUGCACAUUAAAGUUGGAUCCCAUUACAGGGCGUUCAAGAGGAUUUGGAUUCGUCCUGUUUAAAGAGGCUGACAGUGUGGAUAAGGUUAUGGAGCAGAAGGAACAUAAAUUGAAUGGCAAGGUAAUUGAUCCUAAAAAAGCCAAGGCCAUGAAAAAGGAGCCCGUGAAGAAGAUAUUUGUAGGAGGUCUUUCACCUGAUACAGUCGAGGAGAAGAUCAGGGAAUAUUUUGGAGCUUUUGGGGAAGUGGAAUCAAUAGAACUUCCCAUGGAUAACAAAACAAACAAAAGGCGUGGAUUCUGUUUCAUAACAUUCAAGGAAGAGGAACCAGUUAAAAAGAUUCUGGAAAAGAAAUUCCAUAAUGUUGGGCUCAGCAAAUGUGAGAUCAAAGUGGCCAUGUCAAAGGAGGUCUAUCAGCAGCAACAGCAGUGGGGAGUUGGUCGAGGUACUUUUGCAGGCAGAGGACGUGGGAGAGGAGGAGGGACUGGUGCAGGAGCCCCAAGCCAGAACUGGAGCCAAGGAUAUAAUAACUACUGGAAUCAAGGCUAUGGCAGCUAUAACUAUGGCUACAAUAGCCAGGGCUAUGGAGGUUAUGGUGGCUAUGACUACCCUACUUAUAAUAACUACUAUGGAUAUGGUGACUAUGGCAAUCAACAGAGUGGUUAUGGGAAAGCACCACGACGUGGAGGUCAUCAGAAUAGCUACAAACCAUACUAAGAUUUGUCCCUGCAGCCCAUUGGAAGCAGGUGAAGGAACAGUAUUUUACUCCAGAUAGAAGAUUCAUAGGAAGUGGUGUUUAGACCUCUAUAAAAGCAGCAUUUAAUUGUUCAAAUACAUUUUUUGUUCUGUAUUAUUUCUUUUCCACCUCCCCCAAAGAACUGCUGCCUCAAGCCCAGUUUUAAGUUAAAUUCAGUUUGAAUUUAAGAAAUACUGCUUUUAUUAUUUUAUUCCUAGUAGAUGUGUUUUUCUGUGACCAACUGCUUUUGUUUUUUUGUACAUUUUCUCCCCCAUAUGGAUUGUUGCAUUGGAUGCAUAUGUGUUCAGUUCAUUGUGAUGACAUUUAGAUAUGGUACAAGUACUCUAUCGGAUUGUUGGUUUUUUAAUAAAAAACACUUUUUUGUAUAAUAAAAA